AUGAAGCUGCUCGUGGUGCUCACCCUGCUACUCACCUGGGGCGUGCUGGCAGCGCACGGGAGCCUCUGGGAGCUGCAGCGCAUGGUGACACAAGCGACGGGGCACUCGGCGCUGCUGCACUACGGCUCCUACGGCUGCCACUGCGGCUGGGGCGGCCGCGGGCAGCCCAAGGAUGCCACGGACGGGUGCUGCCAGCGUCACGACAGCUGCUACGAGAGCCUCCUGCGGCACGGCUGCCAGGCCAAGCGGCAGCGCUACCGCUAUGGCUGGCAGGGCGGGCGCCUGGCGUGCGCAAAGGGCUCCGCGUGCGCCCAGCUCUCCUGCGAGUGCGACCGCAGCCUGGCGCUCUGCCUGCGACGGCACCGGGGCUCCUACCGCGCCGCGCUGCGCCUGUACCCGCGCGCCGCGUGCCGCCCGUGA